AUGGUGAGGAGUGUCCCCAGUAAUGAGAAGUUUUUUACAGGAGGGGAUUUCAAUGGGCACAUAGGGUCUUCUUUGAAAGGUUAUGAUGAUGUGCAUGGAGGACACGGGUUCAGUGUAAAGAAUAUUGAAGGAGUGGCACUUCAGGAUUUUGUUCGGCAGUUUAGAUUGGUGGUAGUUAAUUCAAACUUUUCCAAGAAGGAGGUUCACUUAGUUACCUUCUGUAGCUCGGUUGCCAAGACUCAGAUUGACUUUUUGCUCCUUAGGAAAGGGGAUAGGGAUAGUAAAGGUGGGGAUAAAAAGUUGUACAGGCUCACCAAGGUUAGGGAGAGGAGGACUCAGGACCUGGAUCAGGAUAUUAGCAUUGUGUUGGGGGAGUUGGAGCAUUCUGAGAGGUUUCACGAUUAUGGCUAUUAUAGGCGCAUUAAGGUUGAGGAGGUUAAGAGGGUUAUUCGUAAGAUGCGUAAAGGUAGAACGAUGGGGCCAAAUAAGAUUUUGGUAGAUUUUUGGAAGUGUACAGGAAGGGCAGUUUUUAUUGACGAGACUCGUAGUGGAGUUAAUGCUAAGUUGGAGGAUUGGAGGCAAACUCUUAAGUCUAAAGGGUUUAGGUUGAGUAGGUCUAAGAAGAAUUAUUUUGAGUGUAAGUUCAGCGAGGUGUCUCAUGAAUCUGAUAAAGAAGAUACUACUGGUAGUAGUAGAAAAAGAAGAGUUGCGGCAUUUGAAAAAGUGUCAAAAGGAAAGAAAAUUGAAGAGUCGGUGUCCGAAUCAGAUUUGGAGUUAAAUGAGAUAAGCGACUACAUCAAUUCUAGUAAAGAUGUUGCCAAGCGGAGUGUCAGUGGUGAUAGUGAAGAGUGCGAGGGAAGUGGGAGUAAUAGUGAUGAUGGGGAUAAUGAUUCAUUGUCCGUGCCAUAUCUUUCAAGAAUUGAAGAAAAGAUUCAAACGAUCCUGUUUUGGACUCCUGAGAAACUUGCCGGAAUAUCUCAAGUUCAAUGGGCAGUUGGUCCAUCAUUUGCUGUUGUGACGCGUUAA